AUGGGGCAAAGGCAGCCUCACUUCUCAGUGACUGGACUGUGUGGGUACUCUGUGCCAGACAUGCGUAGCCUCAGGCUCAUCAUGAUACCAGUUGGCCUUCUUUGCUACUUCCCGCUACACCCUGUGGAUGCCAUUCCAUACAGAAAGCAGACAAAUGCCUCAGCACCUCUUGUCUCAGCCUCGGGAUCCCAACCACCCUCCUCAUACCCCUUUUCCUGCGAAGCCCUGCUCCCGAAGUCCCUACCUGGCUUCACCCACAUGGCCCUUCUGCCCAAGUUCCUGGUAGGGUUGGCUCUAAGGAAUGCCCUGGAGGAAGCUGGCUGUCAGGCUGACUUCCGGGCCCUGGAGCUUCAGCUUUACCGCUGGGGUGGUCUGAACGCUACACGGGCUCUCAUCCGCCACCUUCAAGGGCUCCAGAAAGGCAGAAGCACAGACAGCAGCAAGUCAGUAGAAGCCCUGGCCUCCGCUCUGCAUCUGUUAGCCAGGGAGCACUCGAAGAGGAUCCGGCGCUCCCCUACCAACAAGGACUGUGAGAACACGCGGGAGGAGAGCAUAUACAAUGUCAUCCGGGUGUUGCCAGGAGUGGGAACCUAUUACAAUCUGGGCACGGCUUUGUAUUAUGCGAUUCAGAAUUGCUCAGACAAGGCCAAGGAACGAGGUAAAGACGGUGCCAUAGAUCUGGGUUAUGACCUUCUGCUAGCCAUGGCAGGAAUGUCAGGGGGGCCCAUAGGUGUAGCGGUCAGUGCUUCACUUAAACCAGCAUUGAAGGCUGGGGUAGAGCACUUGAUCCGGUAUUACUAUGAAGAGAAAGCGGCAAGCACGCUUCAGCCAGCGACCAGCAGGGCUGGCUUGUGGACCACCUCCUACGUGAGUGACUCGGAAGAAACAAUGACCACAGUUCCUCUCACAUCCCAAGAAGCAAGUCCAGCUCCCUACUGGAAGUGGUCCUCAUUCAACAUCUAUGGACAUGUUGCGGUGUGAAGGUGGUAACCAAAGAACGAAUAAAUCAGACAUUCUGACAUGCUGUACAGGAUUGGUGUGUUCUCAAAAUAUAAAUUUCUUGGGGGUGGG